AUGGAACGAGAGCCUGGCAACAUUGAGAGACAAGCAGCUCUUGAAGACGAUUCUCUCAAAUUUUGUAGCCAAGAAAUUGAUUUGCCGGCAACGACCUCAGACUCCAGACAAUACACGCAAACCAAUUGUCCCGUCCACAACCGACCAUUUCUGGAACCUUCUCGCCCAAAGAUUCCUCCUGGCGUACACCCCUCUCAACGGCUCGAAUACACUCCAUCCUACGAGCUUCCAGUGGGGAUGUCAGGAGGCUGCAGAGUUGGAACUUCUUCCUCCGCCGGAUGCAUUUGCGCAUACAAUCCAGAUAUAUUGAACGAAGAGAUCAUCCGCGAGAUGGAAGUAAUCAUCCAGGAAGCAAAAGAAGAAGGAGAAAAACAGGAAAAGGAAAAGUCCACCUAG